AUGUCCGAGACGAGCUUUUCAAGCAAACUCGUCAACGUACUCUUUGGUGUACCGUUUAUUAUUCUUAUUUUUGCUUGUCCCAUCUUUGAAAUUCUCAAGCUUGAGUAUUUUAACAGAACAAACGUACUUAUUUAUGAUACAAACGUUGAAUACACUUAUUUGGUUCUCUCGUUAAUUGCACCUAGUGUUCUAAUCCUGAUAUAUGUAUGUAAAUGCAAUUAUGCAGAGUAUGUCUCUAAAACCACAAUAAAGAUAACCUUGCUGGUAUUUUUGUUAUUAUGGAUAGGAAUUGCAUCUGCGUACACGGUUUUUACGAUCCAUGAAUUAGGCGAUAUACCAUUUACAUGUCCAAAAGAUUUCAAUUAUUCCGCACCACAAGUUCAAUCUGCUUGUCAAAUACGCGCAGUAAAUUUAGUGAUAAUGUGGACUUUCGCAUUCUUCUUGAUCAUGAAUAUUUUGUCAUAUUUUAUUGGAAUGAAUUCAUUAAACGAAAAAAGUGGAGGUAAAAUUGUUGAUAGAUCAAUUCCAGAAAUUCGCUACUAUGAGAAAGAAGUUGAUAUCCCGCAGAGAUUUGAAUCACCAAAAUCCACCCCUCCUAUACCUAGCAUCAUACAACCUCCACUUGGAACUGAUAGUAAAGACGGAGAACAGCAUCAAUUUAGUAAAAUUGAAUUAGGUGAACAACAACCAGAGGGGGAUGUUAGUGUACCAGCCGAGCAAGUCCCUGUCCCAAGUCCUGGAGGUAGUGGAGAUUCUUCUCCAUCACUCGGUGUUAGAAAUGAAUUAUCCAGAACUUCAAGUAUCAGGAAGAGCGUUCGCCGCAAAGCAGGCAGCAGUCGUAGAAAGAAGGGGAGCGAUAUAGGUAGUAGUGAUGAGGGAAAGUCCAAAUAG